CGGGUACAAAAAACAAUGGCGAGGCGAAACUAAAAAAUUUUGUUGCUGACAUCUGGUCGCUUGCAAAACUAUUUCUAGCAGAUUUUGUGAUAUUUCGUUGUGAUCGGUCGUUAAAUCCGCCAGUUUUUUUUUAAUGGAAAGUGCUAGCACAUUGUAGCGGUUGGGAAGAUAGCAGGAAAGACACAUUUUUCACGCCACAACGUAGUUACUACACUAACGGAACUCCUUCUGCAAGCAGUGACAGUUGCUGUCCAUCAAGCAGUACACGGAGUUAACGCAGGAUAAGCCGGGAGAAAGAGGAAGAGAUCGGUGAAGAAGAAAGAUAUACAAUAAGUAUCAUGGACAUGAUUACGGUGGGGCAAAGCGUCAAGAUCAAGCGGACGGAUGGACGCGUUCACAUGGCCGUGGUGGCGGUGAUCAACCAGUCAGGCAAGUGCAUCACAGUCGAAUGGUACGAGCGCGGCGAAACGAAGGGCAAGGAGGUAGAACUGGACGCCAUACUCACGCUCAAUCCGGAGCUAUUACAAGAUACCGUCGAGCAGCACGCCGCCCCGGAGCCCAAGAAACAGGCCACAGCGCCGAUGAAUCUCUCGCGUAAUCCCACACAAUCGGCUAUCGGUGGCAAUCUCACCAGCCGUAUGACCAUGGCCGGCAACAUGCUGAACAAGAUCCAGGAGAGCCAGUCGAUUCCCCAUCCGAUUGUCAACAGCAAUAGCGUGAAUACAAACAGCAACUCCAACACCACGGCCACUACCGCCUCGACGGCGACCACUGGAUUACAGCGUCCACGGUACUCGCAAGCGGCCACCGGCCAGCAGCAGACAAGGAUCGCCUCGGCGGUGCCUAAUAACACAUUGCCCAAUCCCAGCGCGGCAGCCAGUGCUGGUCCGGCGGCACAGGGAGUCGCCACUGCGGCCACAACCCAGGGAGCUGGCGGUGCUAGUACCCGGCGAUCGCACGCAUUGAAAGAGGUGGAGCGACUGAAGGAGAAUCGCGAGAAGCGACGCGCCCGCCAGGCCGAGAUGAAGGAGGAGAAGGUGGCGCUGAUGAACCAGGAUCCGGGCAAUCCCAACUGGGAGACGGCGCAGAUGAUACGCGAAUAUCAGAGCACGCUAGAAUUUGUCCCGCUGCUCGAUGGUCAGGCCGUCGAUGACCAUCAGAUCACAGUGUGCGUGCGCAAGCGUCCCAUUAGCCGUAAGGAGGUCAAUCGCAAGGAGAUCGAUGUCAUCUCGGUGCCGCGCAAGGACAUGCUCAUCGUGCACGAGCCGCGCAGCAAGGUCGACCUCACCAAGUUCCUGGAGAACCACAAGUUUCGCUUCGACUACGCCUUCAACGACACGUGCGACAAUGCCAUGGUAUACAAAUACACAGCCAAGCCGUUGGUGAAAACCAUUUUCGAGGGCGGAAUGGCGACGUGCUUCGCCUACGGCCAGACGGGAUCUGGCAAGACGCACACCAUGGGCGGCGAGUUCAAUGGUAAGGUGCAGGACUGCAAGAACGGCAUCUACGCCAUGGCGGCCAAGGAUGUCUUUGUGACCCUGAAUAUGCCGCGAUAUCGCGCCAUGAAUCUAGUCGUCUCGGCCAGUUUCUUUGAGAUUUACAGUGGCAAGGUCUUCGAUCUUCUGUCCGACAAGCAGAAACUGCGCGUCCUGGAGGAUGGCAAACAGCAAGUGCAGGUGGUGGGCCUCACCGAGAAGGUGGUCGAUGGCGUCGAGGAGGUACUGAAACUCAUCCAGCACGGCAAUGCUGCCCGCACAUCCGGCCAGACGUCGGCCAACUCCAAUUCGUCGCGUUCGCACGCCGUCUUCCAGAUUGUGCUGCGGCCGCAGGGCUCGACGAAGAUCCAUGGCAAGUUCUCGUUCAUCGAUCUGGCGGGCAAUGAGCGCGGCGUGGACACCUCCUCGGCCGACCGGCAGACACGCAUGGAGGGCGCCGAGAUCAACAAAUCGCUGCUGGCCCUCAAGGAGUGCAUUCGUGCGUUGGGCAAACAGUCGGCCCACUUGCCCUUCCGUGUCUCCAAACUCACCCAGGUGCUGCGCGACUCGUUCAUUGGCGAGAAGAGCAAGACCUGCAUGAUAGCCAUGAUCUCGCCGGGACUUAGCUCCUGCGAGCACACGCUCAACACGCUGCGCUAUGCGGAUCGUGUCAAGGAGCUGGUGGUCAAGGAUAUCGCCGAAGUUUGCCCUGGCGGCGACAGCGAGCCCAUCGAGAUCACGGACGACGAGGAGGAGGAGCUCAACAUGGUGCAUCCGCAUUCGCAUCAGCUGCAUCCCAAUUCGCAUGCGCCGGCCACCCAGUCGAAUAAUAAACGUGCUCCGGCCUCUCAUCACUCGGGUGCGGUAAUUCACAACAAUAAUAAUAACAACAACAAGAACGGAAACGCCGGCAACAUGGACCUGGCCAUGCUGAGUUCGCUGAGCGAACACGAGAUGUCAGACGAGCUGAUUGUGCAGCACCAGGCAAUCGACGACCUGCAGCAAACGGAGGAAAUGGUGGUGGAGUAUCAUCGCACCGUGAACGCCACCCUGGAGACCUUCCUCGCCGAGUCGAAGGCGCUGUACAAUCUGACCAACUAUGUGGACUACGACCAGGACUCGUACUGCAAGCGGGGCGAGUCGAUGUUCUCGCAGCUGCUGGACAUUGCCAUCCAGUGCCGCGACAUGAUGGCCGAAUAUCGCGCCAAGUUGGCCAAGGAGGAGAUGCUGUCGUGCAGCUUCAAUUCGCCGAAUGGCAAGCGUUAGUUGAUUCCCGCAUCCGACCCGAUCAUUCACAACCCCCCAGACUCAUCCACCUCACCCAGCCGUACAUUUUAUAUAACGAAUUCCCUCUGGCUUCCCAACUGAAAAACUGAAGACAGGCUAGGCUAGGCUGGCCACGACUUUAUUUGGAUUCGCCGUGAACUAUGAUUAUAUGAAUAUUAUUGUAAUUUCAGCGCAGUCGAUAUUCUAAUUGUGUAAAAGAAAAAGACAUUUACUAUACAAUAUAUAUAUAUUUACUACUUACAAACAUACGUUCUACUCUAAAAUGAUAUGAGAUUCCAUUUAAUUUUUAACAAAUAACCUUAUGCGAUUCGAUUCGAUUCGAUGCGAUUUGUUUUCCUCAUUUUGUCCAUUUUGCAGAAUUGCUCGACCAGAGUUGUUUGUUCAUGCCACGGCACAAAUCUACUAGUUCUUAAAUGACGAACUAAUCGCGCAUUGUAUUUAUUUAAAGGCCACAAAACUGUAUUUAAUUUGUAUUAAUUUAUUAAAGUACUACUGCACCAAAUCCGAUUUACAUACGUAUUCCCAUACCCAGUAACUAUUAAUGAUUUUCACAUGCAAUUUUAGACAGCAAGUGUUUUUUUUUGUGAAACUAUAUCCCCCUUCUUUAUAUCUUUAUAUAUCUAUAUAUAAAUAAUUUACAUUAUAUUUUUUUUGUCAUUUUAAGCGACUUCGGUGAAGAAUUUAAAAUGCAAACUGUCUUUGCUAUACGAUUAUUAUGAUUUAGAGAUGAUUUGCAUUUCAUUUUGUACUAAUAUUUAUUGCAUAUAUUUAAUUAUGUUUACACGACUAAAAACUAAACUAUCGAAAGCAAAUCAAACGAAACUUAACCAAAUCAUGGAUUUCCACACACUGCUGCUUGUGCUGCGAUAAAAACGAUACAACAAAGCAAAAUACACUGAGAAAAAACACACACACACAAAUCUGUUCCAAAUAGCGGAGAACUUAGUAUCUUAGCCUUAAAAA